AGAGAGAUGUGUUUGCGGUCGGUCAGCGUUGAAGCGUGUGGGUCAAACAACAAGAAAAGUGGUGGUGGCGCGUGGACCAAGCCGAGUGGUUUAAUCAGGACCAACAGUUGGUAUCACGUGUCGACGGCACGUGUACCUAGGAAGGUGGGCCCCUGCCUUUUUGGCGGAGAAAUUGCCUUCCGUCUCUCUGUGGUGAGCCCCAGGCAGGUUUUGCGAGGUAGGCAUAAAAGCCUGGCCUCGCUGACACGCGUUCUUUGCUUAGCUGUUCCCUGAAGACUUUCGCUAUUGACACCUUCACUGUGUUUUCUAAUUGCCAAAAUAUAUCUGAUACAAAUUUGUUGUGCUUCCCCCUGCAGGUAUCUAAUCUCCUUUUUCAUAGUUAAAUUAACAACUGUUUUUUCCCCUACUUCUCCAUCUACCAGAGCAACCAAGCAGGUGGUAUAUCUUUUUAUAAUAAAGAAAAACUAUUACCCUUUGUUUAAACAAACAAACCAGAGCCUAAACGAUACUUGUGCUUGUGUUUUAGGCCCAUUUGAAUUCCUCUUCUAAUAUUCCUCUUGCAGUGCUAAAGACGCGCUUAUAACAUUCUGAAAAAUUACUUGAAAAACACGCACAAAAGAAACUCAUGGCAUCUAUAAGUAAUACAUAAAGAAAAAAAAAAUAUCGCCUCCUUCUUCUCUGACAGUAGUUCCCAUGUGAAAUCCCUAAAUAGCUUAAUUUCUUUGACAAAAAUUUCCCGGGUGAUUUUUGUUUUAAUAUUAAAGCCCAGAUGUGGUUCUAUCUGGGAUUAAACUAUCAGCUCCUACUAGGAUCUCAGUUAUUUCCUUAAAAGAGUAAAUGGAUAGUUGUAGUAGUUUCUUAUUGGGAUUACUUUAUAUGAAAGUAAAGACGAUUUAAAAGCUUACAGCAUUUGACUUUGAACUCAAGAACCACUUUAAACGCACCGUAUUUAUUGUCAUUUUUCGACUUAGCAGAACCUAAGUUCUUGUAACUUUUUUUUAUUAUUAUUUUUAACAGAAAGGAGCCAAAAUGAGCUGCUGUCCAAAAACUAAACUUUGUACAAGCCCAUGCUAAGAUGAAGCCCAAAAGAAGAAGGAAAUCCCAUUUUGUGGGGAUAGUCUAUUCAUUGGAUUCUGCCCAUUGCAAAGUAGGAAACCAAAGCAAAGAUUUCAAUUAAUUGCCAAUCUAUGAUCUUCCAAAGCCUUUCAUUUCAGUCCAAACAAUGCAUAAGUUCCCAUAAGUUACUCUUCUUCUUCCUCUUACGAGCUCUCGUUUUCUUUCCUUUCAGUUAAUCUAAUUCAUUGCAGUACAAUAUUCUGUGUACUCCACCUCUUACCAACUGUACAUCUUGCCUUAAAAUUAACCAACCUGAUAGAUAUAAGCCAACUGCCAGUAAUACAUUAAUUAUAGUUGUUUUUAUUAAUACAUUCUUUUGAGCUUCGCUGGUAAAGAAUACUCUCAAUCUCUCCUACUUACAAUCACUUUCCUUUAAAUUAAUUAAUAAUUUAACAAAACACACUAACAAGCUUACCUUGCCCAGGAAUGUUCAUUUGGUACACCGUAUUAGGUAAAUAAUACUCGGUACUAGAUAACAAAUAUUUUUUGCUGGCUUUUGGAGAUACUUGGUCUUAAAGCACAUACCAAAAACAGCCUCUAUUUCCCAUUGAGUAACUUGGAAGUACCAAGAAAUCUAGAAAUAAUUUGUUUAAUGUGUUUGUAUAUAUUACUACCCUACUUCCACAGGACUAGUGUAUCCAUUGUUUGCUUUCUUAAUUUUGUGCUCUUCAUCAUAAAACUAACAAUGGCUACUUGUCCACCAAAGUCCUCACUUUUAGCAACAAUUUUCCUUCUCUCUGUCUUAAUUUCACCAUUGAAAGCUACGCUUGAUGCUCAUUACUAUGAUCAAACAUGUCCACAAGCUGAGAAUAUUGUCUUGCAGACAGUUCAGAAUGCUUCCAUGCAUGACCCUAAAGUCCCAGCUCAUCUCCUUAGAAUGUUUUUCCAUGAUUGUUUCAUAAGGGGAUGUGAUGCAUCAAUUUUGCUGGACUCUACUCCGGGAAACCAAGCAGAGAAAGAUGGCCCUCCCAAUAUCUCAGUUCGACCCUUCUAUGUGAUUGAUGAUGCCAAAGCCAAGCUUGAAAUGGUUUGUCCACACACCAUUUCAUGUGCAGAUAUCAUAGCUAUAGCAGCAAGAGAUGUGGUGGCCAUGUCAGGAGGACCUCAUUGGAAUGUACUAAAGGGUAGGAAGGACGGAAGGGUGUCCAGAGCUAAUGAUACCAUAAACCUACCAGCUCCAACUUUCAAUGUAACACAACUCAUUCAAAGCUUUGCGAAGAGAAGUUUAGGAGUCAAAGACAUGGUUGCUUUAUCAGGUGGCCACACUCUAGGUUUUUCACACUGCUCCUCAUUUGAAGCUCGCCUUCGCAACUUCAGUUCAGUGCAUGACGUAGAUCCAAGCAUGAAGAGUGAGUUCGCAGAGAAGCUAAGAAAGAAAUGCCCAAAACAAAACAAGGAUCGUAAUGCAGGAGAGUUCCUGGACCUGACCUCUUCGACCUUUGAUAAUGACUACUACAAGCAACUCAAGGAAGGAAAAGGUGUGUUUGGAUCAGAUCAAGCAUUGUUCAGUGAUUACAGGACUAGAUGGAUAGUAGAAACAUUUUCCAGGGAUCAAAGUUUGUUCUUUAGAGAAUUUGCAGCUUCAAUGGUGAAACUGGGAAAUGUAGGGGUCAUUGAAAAUGGAGAAGUCAGACAUAAAUGCCAAGUGGUCAGUUGAGACAGAGUGACUGAGUGAGUGCAAUCAAAGGCGGAAAGUUUCAUUUUCUUUUAUUUUUUACUUUUUUUAUUAUAAUGUUGUGAGGCUGAACAUGCUAUGAGUUGUCCCCAUAAAUCAAUAAAUUCAUCUUUAGUUCA